CCGACGAACGGACAAACAAUACUACAUUGUGCUCGCGCCGCGACGUUUUACUGGUUUCCGCGUUUCUUUCGUUCCCGUGUCCACUCAUCUGGACACUUAUACCUCACCGAUCAGUUUUUUGAUGAAUUUUUUUUGAUCAAACGUUUGUGAGGGCUCGAUUCUCGUUUAAUCGCUCCGGUGCGCUGACGGUCAUUGUUAGAUACGUAAGACAAGUCUGUUAGAUGAUAAGCGCGGGGGGGGAGAUGUAACAGCGAUAUUGGCGGUCGUGUAUCGGCAAUGUCCAAAGAGUGUCGGGUUGUAAACGGCGGUGGCGGUGUCGUCGUCGGCGGAUACGUGAACCAUUGCGAGCAGGUGCUCGGUGACCAAAACGAAAUGGUGAUGGCCGCGUCUAGGAUGGUCGCUGGUAAUGAUCAGGCGGUGGCCUCCAUCAACCACCGAGUCUACCCGCCGUCGACCAAUGAGCUGAGUAAACUCAAGGAUCUGUCGUUCGGCCAUCUCAUGAUGUUAGAAGAGUACUCAAAAGUUGUCGAACUGAAAGAUCAAGAGAUAAUGCUGUUGACAAAGGAAUUGGAAUAUUUCAAAAAGAGGGCCGAAUUUUCUCAUCGUAUGGCUGAAAGAGAAGAAAAUUUGGAUGUUUUACCAUUUACACCAGUUUCUUCAACAUGCUCGUCUGGCAUGGGAGAUUUGAGCUCGGCUGAACUACAAGAUCAACAAGAACAACAGGGCAAUAAACCUAAAAAGCGAAAGCUUCGUCAAGCUGCUACUAAACAACCAAACCCAAAUCCAUUAGAAUCCAACCAUGCCAAACGGCAGAAAACUAGGACUACACGAGCUAAAUCAGCUAAAAUAGGUAAAAUGCAAGAAUUGUCUCUGAUCACAGCAGAUGAUGCAUAUUACACAUGCCUUGGAAAUUACGAUCCUAUAAGAGAUGAACCAGUAUCCGAAAAAACUAAUAGUAAUUUAGAAAUACCAAGUUGGAGGGUUAAAACAUAUUCUAGUUGGUAUUCUAUGGAAGGCACUGAAAAUAUGUCUGAUGAUAUCUUUGAAAGCAGACAUUAUAGACUUGAACAGUGUGAACAAAAACGAAAAAGGUGGGAUUUGCAACGAAUGAGGGAAUUAAAACGAGUAGAGUAUUUGAAGGAAGGUCGUAAUAAACAUCAUACACAGAAAUCUAAUGACAAUAUUAAGGAAGAAUUAACAACUUUAUUGCCCAGUCCAUCGAACAUAAAAGCAAUCGAAAUCACAGAUAAAUUACCCGUGUCUGCAUUUGGCAGCAAUUUACAUAUUAAAAAGAAACUUGAAAUAUAUAAAUUUUGUCACAGUCAAUGGUGUAAUGAUGGGUCUCAAGCACCAAAAGAAUAUAACAUACGUGGACUUCGUUCUGCAGGUUGUAGUCAAUUGUAUGAUACCAUGUAAGUUAUUACUUCCAUGUAAUUUUUGUGACAAAUAUAACAGAUCUGGACUCUUCCGCUUGAACCAUUUGAUUAUAUUUUGUUACAUAAUGUAUAAAACAAUCUUAUAUGAUUUACAACUAGAGUGGUUAACAAUUGUUGUGAUAUUUAUCUAGUAUUUAGGAUAUUAUACCUUUUUUUUACUUUUUAUUCUUUUAUGAAUUGUAUUUUAUUUUGAAACUGUAAUAAUUAUAAUUUAUAUUCAAGUGUUGCAAAUGAUAAAUAUAGUACCCUGCUAAAUCCUAAAAAAUAGGAUUUUCAAUCUGUUAAAAAAAUUUAAUUAAUUAUCUAUUUAUUAGUCAUUAAUGUAUUGUAUAUACUACAUGAUUUUAAUGUGUGUGUCACCAUAUCAUUAUUUAAUAUCUAUAUUUUUUAGAAGCAUUUCCUGUGUAUAAUAGAUAAGCUGUAUCUGUACUGUCAUAUUAGGAGUUUGUUAACAUAAACCUGUGUAAGAAAUUUUGACACUGAUUUGUGUCUACAAACUUUUAGACGGUGUUUAGUGGGAGCUUUUUUGCAGAUAAUAUAUUUAAGACCUGCAUAUACUAUGCUGUUAUCAUAUCAAUGGUGAUAACACACUUAAAAAUAACCAAAUCUUUUGGAAGUUAAGCUGUAACUAAUUCAUAAAUUCAUAAAAAUAUAUUACUUAUUAGUAACUACUGUUAGUUAAUGUGAUUUCUGAUAAACCUUAAUACCAAUUAUUACUUGAAGAAUUGCUAUAUUAAUUAGCUGUUUUUUAAGCAUUUGGUGCACUUGGUUUGAUAAUCAAACUAUUAAUCGAAUCCCAGUUCACAUCAAGGAUGGGCCCACCCCAGACAUACUGUUUCUCAAUUUUUAAAAAUAAUCCCACAGUUCCUGGUAUUACUAUAUUUUAAAUCACAUGCAUGUCUGAUGAUAUAAUAUAUUAUUAUAUGUAUUAUUCUGCGGUGCACAAACUAAGAUAGUACUGUCUUAGUUCAUUGUGGACAGUGAUUCCAAUAUUGUAAUUUUACAUUAACAGACAAUUGUU